CGUGACGUCUGACGUUUCAGGAAAUUAGGGCUAGCUAAACUGUAGAAAUACACAAAUAUGGGCCGGUUAGUGGAGGGGGAAGUGUAAAACAUAGGGAUCUUGUGCUUCUCUCUUUUGUUUAAUUUUUCUUGUCAAUUUCAAGGGCUUUUUUUUAAUUCUAACGUUACUUCUGGAGUCUUGGGAGUUUCCGCUUUUGAGAUAAGUGCAGCCUCCGCGCUAGCAUCAACAGAAGUGUUGAAUCAGAGAAAUGGGAGGUAAUGAACAGAUUAUCAGCUACAGACGGCUUCUCCGUUGCGAACACCACCGCUGCUUUUAGCUGCACAGUCGAUACGGUGACUCAUAUAUUCAUGUUGUCUGUUGUUCUGAACUAUAAAAGUAACGUUAUCUCCCUGGCUGGUCGCUUGUGAUGGCGUGGCAUUAGCUGCUGCCUCUUUGUUUGUGAUUACUACAAGAAAUGUUACUCUGUUCACACUCUGAAAGUCAUCACAAGGAAACCGAGGAGGAUAAACAGCGUAUAACAGCUCAACAUGGAAGAUGAAGUGUUUGACCAGAUUGUGACCGUGGUCAACUCGCUGGUGUCGUGGGUGGCUGCUGGUGCCAUGGUGUUUGGUGGGGUGGUGCCCUACAUCCCCCAGUACAGAGACAUCCGCCGCUCGCAGAAUGCAGAGGGCUUCUCCACCUAUGUGUGCCUGGUCCUCCUGGUGGCAAACAUCCUGAGGAUACUCUUCAGAUUUGGCCGCUACUUCGAGACGCUGCUGCUGUGGCAGAGCAUCAUCAUGAUCGCCACCAUGCUGAUCAUGCUCAACCUGUGCACCAACGUCCGCAUGGCCACUGAACUCAACACCAAAAGACGCUCCUUCAUAGACUUUGACUGGAACUACUUUUGGUCGUGGAGUUACUUCACGGACUACGUGCAGUGCGUGAUGGCCUUCACGCUGGUGGCAGCCUACGUCACCUACCUCCUCCUGGACUCUGCAUUGUUCGUGGAGUCCCUGGGCUUCCUGGCUGUUUUCACUGAAGCAAUGCUGGGCACACCGCAGCUCUACUGCAAUUAUCAGAACAAGUCCACAGAGGGCAUGAGUAUCAAGAUGGUGCUGAUGUGGACCAGCGGUGACACCUUUAAAACAGGCUACUUUCUGCUCACCCAGGCUCCCGUGCAGUUCUGGACAUGCGGCCUGCUGCAGGUCGGCGUGGACUUUGCCAUCCUGUUCCAGGUUUAUUACUACAGCCGCUACCCACAGAAACCGCUGUCCCACACCGUCUCCCACACCACUAGUGCCAAAGCCCUCUGAAAGUCUCUGCAAGCUCUCAGUGGAAAUGUCAACACUCAAAGACACCAGUGAGGAAGCAAUUUAACAGGAGCUGUGGACAUGUAUAAGCAUACAUGAGUACCACAGCACCUUGAGAUGAUGCAGGCUGCUCACCCUCACUGCUAUGUAUACAUAAAGACGCAUACACACUCAUAAAUAAGGCAUGAACAUACAUGGACACUCUGUAUUGUUGGUGUCUGCGCCAAUGCCUCAAGAACACUUGUUACAAAGAAACUUGACCUUUCUCUUUUAUUUAUUAUCCUACUGACUUAUUCUCAAUGCGACAGUAUGCUUGUCUUGAAAUGCAGACUUCUCAGAGAAUAUAUCCUUGAAUCAAUUUGUGCAUGCAGAAAUAUGCACUGAAAUCUGUGCUCAAGGAAACGUGGACCAGAUUUUGUCGUCCACAUACGCUGAUUGUUGCAUGGACCCUCUGCCUUAAAACACACUUUCAAACAUGGCUUUGCUGCAUUACCAGCAAUACAAAUGUAUGAAUCAAUCAAAAAUCAUAGUAUACAUUACUGAAUGUACAAAAUGGCAUUUGUUAUUUUGUUGUUUUUUCCCAACACAGUGGAGAAAUGCUGGUCUGCUACUUGUUGGGCAGAUGGUCACCAUGUGCUGUGACACACAGGCUCAAUGUUGUAGGGUAAUAAAGGAGUUGAACUGUAAGAAACUAGAGGCAAUCAAAUGUUACCAAAAGAAGAAAAAUCCCAAAGGUUUGGAGAUGCAGUGCGUUGGCUUUUAAAAAAAACAACCGGUCAUAAACAUUUUUGGCCUUGAGACUAACAGAGUGAUGAGAAAAUCCAGAAUUGUAAAAAGACAUGAGUAGUUUUAGUUGUACGUGUGAAGCCAGUUUUGCUGGAAGAGAAAGUGAAACAUCAUGAAAUACUGACACGAUGAGAUAUUUUCAGCCUGUAUGGUUGUUGAAGGCCAAUGCCAAGUUUUUUGUACUGAAGCUAUAAUGACAUUUUGUAUAUUAUUUUGAUCAUUUUCAUGCAACAAAUUCCAAAAAUCUUAAAAGAAUCAGUUUAUCCCCCAGAUCCUAGUAUUCUUAUGUUGUGUUCAGACUGAAAGUGAAGCACAUUUUUUAUACAGAGCAAUCACAUACAAAGUUAAUGACACAAGUGGGCUGCAAAUUUGCUCAGGGCAGUGCAAAGUGAGGCGCUGAUAUGUUGGCACAUGUUUGAAAUCUUAUUAUAUCUUAUAUUGAGGGAUUAUGAAACUGCUUCAUAAACAUACAGACUGGAGGAAAAUUACUGAAGUUAGUUACUGAUGAGUUCUGAGAUCAGUCAGAUGCUGACCUGACUCACAAACACAACAUACUCGGUCAAUGCUUACAUUGCUAGAUAGCUACGACAACAUUCCAAUGGUCAACACCAGAUGAAAUUUUCGUUUACCUUCAGUUUGAACAAACCUUUUGGAUGAAAACAGCAUUUAUACCCAUGAUCAUCAUGGAAUUGAUUAAGCUAGGUUUGCAGCUCCUUAAAAGAGAACUCUGGUUUAUUACAACUCGAUGCUGCAUACGUGCAAUUCCAGCAGAAUGGGGAAAAACCUCCCAAUUUGGGAGUGUUUAUGUAUUGGUUUUCCCCCGCUGUUAGCCUUCUAGUCACACGAUUUAAAAAAACAAAACUAAAUUAGCUACUUUUGUUGUGUUGUGUAUUUAUAGCACUUCACUAACAAGUGAAACCGGAAAGAUGUAUCUCCUAAUAAGUUAAUAUAAGUUGUUUGGAGGCUUUGCAGCAAUUUUGCCACCAGUUUGUCGACACUUCUGUAUUGCAGCUGUCAGAAACUCCUGAUAUCUUUAACUGGGUAAUUAUAACUAGGAGGCUGACGUGAACAUUUUUUCCCACUUGGCUGUUCAGAAUUAUUGUCUAAACAAUAUGGCGUGAAUGCAGCAUUAUUUUUGUUUUAGCCAUCAUUCCUAUCCAUAAAAAUGACAUUAUAGUCACCAAAUUACAGGUAAUUGCUUAUUACCAAUAAGAAUGAUAGCAGAAGACCCAAAUUGUAAUGAACUGAAAUAAUUCUUUAUUGUAGGUUCACUGCAGGUUUUACAGACUGAUACUUCUGAAUAUUCUCAGUAAAAUCAUAUCUUCACCUCCAUCAUGUUGUCAGUGGGUAACACUGACUGGCCAGUUUAUUUUAUAUCACAAAUCCAAUAACAUCCCCUGAUAUCCCCACUCAUGACUCCACAUCACUGUGUGGUACUGCUUUGAGCAGGCUGUACUCAUCUCCAUUUGUCUUGUGAAAUUAAUUUCCUGUUUAGGAGGAGUAUGAGCCAUUUAAUGUACCCACAGUGAGUCUUUUCUUUGUUAUUGUUGCUGUUUUGUAAUUUUUCUCUGGGGAGGGAGGAAUGCCAAACUGCGAGGUGUACGACUGUCAGCCCUUCACUGAACUGUGUACCCGAGCAGACCUGAUUCUGUCCUCCUCUUCUAAGCCUCAAGAAGUGGAAACCUCCCUUUUGUUGCAGUGGGACAGGCCAAUAGUUUUCUAUGAAUAUUUCUUUCACUGCUCUUAAGUACUAAAAAUUUUGGAAAAUGACUCUUUGGCUUCUUAGUAGUGGAGGUGGACUGUUUGUGUUCAAACCUGUUUAGCAGCCCAAUGAAUAUUUAUUUUGUUAUCCUUAUUAUUUCUUCUAUUCAAAUGCCAGUGUGGGAUAGUGUGUGUCUGUUCUUUAUUCAGGCAGUGGUGAGGGUGGCUGUGUUGUAUGGAUAAUGUGAGAUACCUGACAGGUUCUUGUUACGCUCAACAAGAUCAAAAUGACCUCAGAGUUACACUUUGUUCACUGUUUCAUUCCAUGUACCUGAUUUUACUUCACUUUAUGUAACAUGUUUUGUAUUACUUGUUCAUUUAUUUUGCUAUGUGAUGGUAUUUUUCUGUUAAAUGCCAAGUUUUGCAUCGUCUCAUCUGUGAAACACCUACUUUAUGUACCAAAAAUAUCAUUACCAGUAUGUUUUUUAUGUUGUGGUUUUAUGUUAUUUUUCUAUUAAAGCACCAGUUAUCCACCUCUGUCACUACUGUAAUGACAUCCAUUAACAAAGUAUUGGUAAAUAUCUAUCAUGGCAUUGUUACCCAAUAAAGAGGACACAGAGAGACUCA